AUGAUGUUGGGUUUCCCUUUGUUUUCCCCCCUGCUGAGGAGGACUGCCGCAUCCCCGUGGACCUGUAGGACCUGCCUUCGGCAACAGCAACAGUCUCAACAACCUCUGCGUCAACGUCUCGGCUACGCCACCCAAUCCAAUGCAAGGAGCAUACCGCGUCAGAAGAAAAGGCGCCGGCUUAUUAUUGCUGCAGCCGGCGGCGGUGCUGUCGCCACGGCUGUGGCGGUGAGCGACGAUGCGAAGCACGCCGUCACGGCCGUUCGGCGCUCAGGGCGAGUCGUUGCUACUCUUUACGUGAACAUUCAGGAUUAUCGCAAAACGCUCAAGCAUGACGCCGACCCCGGAUACCCCGAGCUCCUCAAGGCCUGCCACAAGCGCUGCGCGGAGAGAACGUUGUGGACGUUGGAAAAGAACGGCUCCAUAUUCAUCAAGCUGGGACAACAUCUGAGUAGCAUGAACUACCUCCUCCCGACCGAAUGGUGCGACACGUUCAUUCCGCUGCAAGACAAGUGCCCGGUGUCAUCUUUCGAGUCGAUCGAGGACAUGGUGAUGAAGGACACCGGACAGUCUCUCAGGGAAUACUUUUCUGAGUUCGAUGAAACGCCAAUCGGCGCGGCGUCGCUGGCCCAAGUACACUGCGCCGUGGUGAGGGAGACUGGACAGAAGGUCGCGGUCAAGGUGCAGCACCCCGCGCUGGACGAAUGGGCCCCGCUCGAUUUGGCUCUGACCCGGUUCUCUUUCGCUACGUUGAAAAGAUGGUUUCCCGAGUACGAUCUUACAUGGCUCGCCGCCGAGAUGGACAUAUCGCUCCCUCAAGAACUGGACUUCCGCAGAGAGGCCGAGAACGCCAUGCGGGCCAAGAAGUACUUCUCCAACAUCAAGGAUGCGCCCCUGAUUAUUCCGGACGUGCUGUGGGCGGAGCGCCGCUUCCUAGUCAUGGAAUACGUCACCGGACGUCGGCCGGAUGACCUUGAAUACCUUGAUUCACACGGCAUCGACCGUGACGAGGUGUCUGCAGCUCUUGCGCGUAUAUUCAACGAGAUGAUUUUCGGCGCCAACGCCCCGCUGCACUGUGAUCCUCAUGGCGGUAACCUUGCCAUCCGGCAUAACCCUUCCCGAUGGGGCAAAGGAAACUUCGACAUUGUUCUCUACGAUCAUGGCUUGUACAGAGAUAUCCCCAUGGACAUUCGUCGAUCGUAUGCCAAGCUCUGGCUCGCGGUGCUGGAUGCGGACGAGACUCGUAUGAGGAAAUACGCAAAGGAAGUUGCGGGGAUUCCCGAUGAAUACUUCCCUUUGUUUGCGAGCGCCAUUACUGGCAGAGACUUCACCGCCGUGACGGCGGGUGUGGACAAGCCGAGAGAUGCGGCCGAGAAGGAAGCCAUCUCGACUGCUCUUGGCGAGGGUAUGCUGCAGCAGUUGGUCGAUCUACUUGGCAAAGUUCCUAGGGUCAUGUUGCUUAUUUUGAAGACCAAUGAUUUGACACGAUCACUCGAUGAGAACCUCCACACGCGCCAGGGACCAAUCCGAACGUUCUUGAUCCUCGCUCGUUACGCAUCCCGGACUGUAUUCGAAGAGCACAUGGAGGCGUUGAGUGGCAGCAUCCUGCGGCCGCGCAACCUCUUCCGCUUCUUGCGGGCUUGGCUCUCGUAUGUGAGGGUGGACUUGGAGCUCAAUCUGUACGAGUACUACCUGUCUAUCAGACGGGUGCUUGGGAUGCACCCAGUGCUGUAA